CACUAAGCAAAGUGAAACAAACUUUGGGUUGGGUGUGUACAUUGCAGUACGUUAUUUUUAUGAAGUUUGUUUUUCAUGACUGAAUAAUACUAAAAUGUUAUUAAAACUAGCAACAGUCACACUUCUGUGUAUCUUACCCACUGUAUUCUGUGUAAGAUGUUAUCAGUGUGCAUCAUCACAGGAUAAUAAAGGUGAAGACAACUGCGGCGCCUAUAAAAAGUUCAAUAAAGAAAGCCACAUAGCUGUGGAAUGUUUUAGUGAUGAGUCUCACAUGCCAGGAUCGUUUUGUAUGAAGCUGACACAACAGGGUCCUAAAGGAUUUAUUUGGGAUGGGAGAUGGCGUCAAGUGAUCAGGAGGUGUGCAUCAGUUGCAGAGACAGGAGUCACUGGUGUUUGUAACUGGGGCGUGUAUGAGAACGGGGUGUACUGGGAGGAGUGCUACUGUUCAGCGGAUGAAUGUAACAGUUCAACGUACAUUACCUCUUCUGUAACACUUAUGUUAUGCACUAUAGGGACUGUGCUUUGGUUACAUAAGCUUCUUUAGUUUAAGUAUUUGUAAUAAUGUGCCUUAAUAAUAACUUUGUACUUGCAUUAUGGAUUCAUCACACUAAGCUGACAACACAUCUGAGUAUAUCACUAAUAUAACAAAAGUCUGCUUAAUCCUGUUUAUUAAAAAGUAAAACUAGUACAUUGUUUCCUUGAAAAACAUGACCCACUUGGUCAAAUAAUAGAAAAACCAUGAAAAACCUUGUUUGCUCUAACUCUCAACUUCAUUACACACUGGCUCUUGUCUCAAGCAAGUUCUGUUAUAACUGCAAUAUGUAACGAGUAAUUAAAAAAAAACAAGUGAUAAUAUGUACUGUACGGCAAAUCACUGUCAAAUAUGAAAAUUAUAAAUAAUAAGUAUGAAUAGUGUUCUUGAAUCUAUAAUGUAAGAAAAAUUCUAAGACUAAUAUCCGUCCAAACGAAAUGUGUUAAUUAAAAAAACAAUAAGAUAUUAUAUUUAAAUGAAUCUCAUACAUUUUAUAGAACUGCUGUGUUAAAAACGCGAAUGUUUUGUACCAAUUAGCAAUAGUAUAAUAAUAAAUUGUUGGUUAAGUUUCAACAAUAGCACCUACUAUUUACAACCAUGUA